AUGGCUCAAUUUAUUCUUCAAGUGCCAACCUUCAUCUACCAACUACACGACCUAGGCACUUCUAUCAUGGUUGCCAAGAAAAUUACAUGGGAGUCUAUCGAAGGAAAAGAACAUCCAACUCUUUCACCUGCGUUUGUUAGCAAUGGUCAUGUUUUCACCUCUGGAAUAAUUGGAUCUAAAUAUGGAACAGGUGAAGUUUCUCAGCAAAUUGAAGAUCAGGUUCACUUAGCAAUUCAAAACUUGGAAAACGUUUUAGCUGUAGCUGGGUCUUCUCUUGAGCAAGUUUUUAAGGUAACAAUGUUUAUUUCUCAUGCUGAGUACUCUAAAGUUGUGAAUGAGAUUUACGGUCAGUAUUUCCCUCAGAAACCUGCACGCAGUUGUGUUGUAGUUGCAUUUAUGGAUGCAGCCAUUAAGUACGAACUCGAGGCUGUCGCUACUCUUGAAUAA